AUGCAACUUUCUGUGCUCCUGAGCGCGCUUAUAUCUUUCGUCAUUCUUGCUACAGCGUCACCCACGCCUGGAGCCAUCUCGAAACGUUCCUUCGAGCGAAACACGCUUGACACGAACUUUCGACGUGAUCUCCUAGUAGAGAGCAAGAAGCGCAAGGAACUCGAGUCGCACAUCUCUUACAACGACGACGACGUCCCUAUCACUGGAGGCAAGAAAUGCAAGGAACUCGAGUCGCACAUCUCUUACGACGACGACGAUGUCCCUAUCACUGGAGGCAAGAAGCGCAAGGAACUUGAGUCGCACAUCUCUUACGACGACGACGACGUCCCAACCACUGGGGGCAAGAAGCGCAAGGAACUUGAGUCGCACAUCUCUUACGACGACGACGACGUCCCAACCACUGGGGGCAAGAAGCGCAAGGAACUCGAGUCGCACAUCUCUUACGAUGACGACGACGUCCCAACCACUGGGGGCAAGAAGCGCAAGGAACUUGAGUCGCACAUCUCUUACGACAACGACGACGUCCCAACCACUGGAGGCAAGAAGCGCAAGGAACUUGAGUCGCACAUCUCUUACGACGACGACGACGUCCCAACCACUGGGGGCAAGAAGCGCAAGGAACUUGAGUCGCACAUCUCUUACGACAACGACGACGUCCCAACCACUGGAGGCAAGAAGCGCAAGGCACUCGAGUCGCGUAUCGCUUACGACAACUAG